CUUUUUUUUUUUUCUUAAUUUAUUCAUCAUUAACAAAAAAUGUCAUCUACAACAGGCAUAGAAGGUCAAACAAAUACACUUAAUGCUACUUUAAAUGGAAAGCCAAAACAAGUUAAGCUUGUCUUAUUAGGUGAAUCUGCAGUAGGAAAAUCUAGUAUUGUUCUUCGAUUUGUUAACCGAGAAUAUAUUGAAAAUAGGGAGCCUACUAUUGGUGCUGCCUUUUUAACCCAAAAGUGUGUCUAUCAAGACCGAACUAUUAAGUUUGAAAUUUGGGAUACAGCAGGACAAGAACGUUUUCAUUCUCUGGCUCCUAUGUAUUAUCGUAAUUCUCAAGCAGCUAUUGUGGUUUAUGAUAUUACGAAGGCACUGACACUUGAUAAAGCCAAAUCAUGGGUAAAAGAAUUGCAAAGACAAGCUAAUACAGAUAUUGUUAUUGCUUUAGUUGGUAAUAAACUUGAUCUAUGUGAUCAAGACGAAAAUGAACGUCAAGUACCUAAAGAGGAUGCACAAGCAUUUGCAGAUGAGGCAGGCCUUUUGUUUUUCGAAACGAGUGCCAAAUCAGCUCAAAAUAUAGAUAAUAUCUUUACUGCUAUUGCAGCAAAGAUACCAUUGGAAAAUAAUCACACAUCAGGAGGAAGUGGAAGAAAUAUGGGUGGAUUAAGAACAGGUCUUCAAGGCAAUGGUGGAGGAAUUAAUUUAAUGCAGCAACCUUCUAUUGAAAAUUCAAAUGCAUGUGCCUGCUAGAAAUAAAUAAAUAAAUACCCUGCCUUACAUAUAUCCUUAUAUAUCAGUCAUAUACAAAAUAAAAAAAAUAAAAAGCAUUAUUAUAUCUCUA